GCCUCCUACUUAAUACUGUGCUCUUCUGACUUCCUUGAAGUGUUGAAGCCAAGGUUGUGAUAGGAAUGGGAUUGACAGCCCCAGAACUUAAAGCGAUCUGUCCAUAGAACAGGUGAAGCACAGGUAGGAGCUGGGCAAGUUAGUUCUUCUGAAACUAGUCUGUUCCCCAAAGGCCAAAUUCUGCACUUGUGUAGUUCCCAUCCAAGGGCAGCAUUCUGACCAUCAAAUCUGAAAUCCCAAAUACUAACAUGACGUACUAAAACACAGUACACUAAUAUAAAUAAGCAGUGCAUACUGAAUUACUAGGAGCUGAUCCUGUGUCCUCAUUUAAAUUAAUGGCUUUAUCUGCAGGCGUAAGGAUUAGAUGAGUAAUGAGUGCCUACUCAGGGACUGCCACCUUAGAGAGAAUCAUUUAAAAUCGAUUCCUUCAAACCUGCCACACCUCUGCUAUAAAUAGCUCUUUAGAAGCCAGGCAAUGUGAGACCGACUGCGUGGCCUCAGCCAUUAGGAACCCCAACGGUCUGCGAAAUCCUUGAAUGGAGCAAUGUUACUGUAUACUUUACACUGCACGUUCUUUCUCUGGUAGCAAGUAGCAAAUCACCAUGGGGUGUUUCCACAAUACAAGCACUUGUCUGAAUGAGGCAAGAGACGCAGAGACUGAACUAGAUCAUGUUUCUAUUCCGUGUGGGGGGUGGACUCUAAAGGAGGAAGGAGGAGAAGUGGGAAGCUGUGGAGGAAAAACUCAUUUGGGGACCUUUUAAGGGAGCACAGGAUCAGCCCCUGGCCCCUUCAUGGGGACAGCAGAGAGGCCCACUAGGCUCUCCUGAUCCAGACCUGAAUCUUGCUCCCUCAGGACAAAAAGGGAACACCAGGUGCGAGCUGCAGGGAAUCCUCUCCUUUUUCUUACUGCUCCGAGUGUCCUGUCCAAAGCUGGAUUCUUAGCACAGGAACUCUGAGGCUAGCCACUGCCAGCUGGCUUGGGCCCACACCACCUAGAAGGCAGCUGGGUGGGGAACUCUGCUUGCCUGGCCAUUCCAGGCAUGAUGGAGGGACCCCUGCAGUCCACCUCUCACACCCAGUGAGCCUGCCCCUACCUGCCCAGGCUUGAUGUCUGAGGCCUGAAGACUGAGCCAUAGUCUGGUCUAUGUUUCAAGUUUUGCUGGCAGAGCUGGUUUUACCGGCAGAGAUGUCUGUUAGGGGUUGGAUUAUUUUAUUACCCAACAGUUAUGCUGGGAAGAGCCCUAGUGCAGAUGCAGUUUUACUGGUCUAGCUCAGUGUUUCUCAAAUGCGGCCACCAGGGGCUUUUCAUGCGGUCACAGAGCUGGGUGGUGAUUGGGGUGAGGGGGAAGUAUUGGCCCCUCUUCCUUCCUUCCUCUUGCUCCUGCAUGUGCCACCCUGCACCGCCUCUGGAGACAGGUGGGGCCCAGCGCUGAAGGAGCAAGGUGAGUUCCUGACCUACAGGGGUGGGGGGAACCCAGUGGGGCUCAGGCUUCCAUCCUGGGGUGGUUGGGCAGCGGGCUUGGGUGGCGGGACUUAGGGAGCCCGGUUGCGCAGACUAGGGCUCCAGCUAUGAGGCUUCGGGUGCCAACCCCCCCGACUCCAGCCACGAUGUUUCAGGUGCUGACCCCCAGCUCUGGCCACGUGACCCCAGCCUGUGGCCAGGCCCAUGGGGCUUCAGGAUCCAACACAUGUCUGUGCAGCGGCAGGCCCCGAUCCCUGGCUAUGGCCAUGCAGUGCCAAGCCCUGGCCACGCAUUCUAACCCCAGGCACUAGCCCUGGACACCAACCACUAGCACCGGCUGUGUGGCAUCGGGUGCCACCCGGGGCUCCAGCAGGCACUGGCCCUGGGCGCCAAUCCCCAGCAGCGAGCACCAGCCUCAGCUGUGGAUCCCUGGCCCUGGCUGCUGACCACAGGUGUUAGCCCUGGCUGCCAAUCCCUAGCACCAGCCAUGUGGCAGUGGGCACCAAACCCGGGCUCCAGUGGUCACCGGCCCCUGGUGCUGGUCCCAGGUGCCUGCCUCCCAGGCCCGGCUGUGGGUGCUGACCCGGGUGCCAAUCCCCAGCCCUGGCUAUGCGGCAGCAGAUGACGACCCAGGCUCCAGCGAGUGCCAGCCCUGGGCACCGAGCCACCAUGCAGCUCCUGGCCCUGAUUUCGGCUGUGCAGCACCUGCCUCGGGUUCUGGCCACGAGCACUGACCCCCAGCUCUGGUCGCAGAACUCACUACCCACUCCCAUUGCCCCUGGUCCCUGCUACCUCCCCCAGCCCUACAUCCAUUCCCCCCUCUCAUUGCCCCUGGACCCUGCUGCCUUCCUUGGCCCGCAUCUAGACCCCCUUUGCCCCCACUGAUUUCCCCUCCAAUCCCACCAUCCAGGGCUUAAUUUGUCCUGGGGCUUGCUGUGAAAAGUUAUAUUAACAAACAUGCAAAUAUCACUUUUCACAACAUUAUUAUUUCGCAUACCAAAAAAACCCUACACAACUAAAUUGCAAUGAUUUGGAUGUCUAUACGAGCAUAUUUAUUUUUCCUAAAGUUGUUAAAGUAUUUUAGGAAAAAGUAUCAGUGCAGCCACUGAAAAAUUUGUUAUGAGAACCUCUGUUCUAGCUCCUUUCGCUUCCCUGCACUUUUAUACUGAUAAAACUGCGCCCCUGCUAGGGGUGGUUUUGCUGCUUUAACUAUACCAGCCUAGUGAAAGCAGCAAAGCAUCCAGAGUGAGUGCAUGCUGUCAUCCUCCCCAAGGAGCAGAAAGAGGCAGGGGAGAGAAGCCGGAAGGGCAGUUGGUGCAGUGCAAAAUCUCUUCAGCCUGACUGGUUUUUCACUGCAUGUGUCUUCACCCAGUCAGCAAGGACUUUUGGGCCCCGGCUGAAGAACUUUCUCUGUUUGGGUGAUGCUAAAAGAUUUCUCCUAUUCUCUCUGUGCUUAAAAACCAGCACUUAAGCUUAAAUGUGUGUGCUGCUUAUUAGAUGCGAACAGGUUUAGAACAAAAUCAAAGACCCCCAAAACUGUAUAAAGGAAUAAUUUAGAUUCCUGGGGGUUCUUGUUCUGAGAAAAAGGUGCUAUGAACCGCAGAAGAACCCCUGGUGGGUUUUUGGACUGUUCACCUGCCUGAACCUUUAUUGUAGUUGGGGGGUGAUCUCUAGUAAGCUUGUUCUUAAUAAAUGUUUUCAGCUUAAUAAAUGUGCUUGCUUAGAAAGAAUUGUGUGGUAGUUUAACUGUGCCAAUUACAUUCUUUAUAGCCUUUGAGAGGGCAAAGAAGGCCUGCUUAGGCAGUCUGACUUGUUGGGGAAUACAGUGUAGGGAGAGAACUGUGCAGCCUGGAAAUACCCUGGUCAGGAGGGAGAUGCGUGUGUCUGCUCAAGAGAGGUAAUGGCUGCAGUGCUGGAAGCCUGACAGUGGGUGCCCUUGCUGGACCACAGGGAUGUAUGUGUGUGGGAAAAUAGAGGUGCAGUUGCCCUGAACUGUGACACACAUGGUGGCGAUGGUGGGAUCUAUAAUAGUGUUAAUUGCUUAAGUGCCAUCAACAGUGCAAGCAAGUAGUGUAGAAGGGAAAAGCACAGAGAAAGUCUUUUUGGGAAAGGAAUGAUGAAGAGAUGUGGGGGGGGGAAGUGAAUUAUGAACAGCUCAUGAAAAAAUGGCUAGUAGAGCUAUGCAAAGAAAGGCAGCUCAACCCUGAGGGCUGGACAAAGACACAACUAGUAGAUUUGCUGUAUUCUAAUGACUAGAAGAGGAAUAAUGGUCCAAGUUUUCAGGGAACUUCCAGUCCACUGGCAGAGUCCAGCAGUGAGGAAAAUCUUGGAACCAACUCCCUGGAUUCUGGAAAGAAACAGGGAAGAGGCUGACAGAAGCAGCAACCACGUUCCGUCUCACUUGAAUGCAUCACUGAGGCUGUGAUUGUGGACAGAUCCACAGGCAAACCAAGUGAAGGAUACAGCUGGAGAUAGCAGACCAGGAGCAACAGAGCCAGCACAAGCGAGAAGAGAAGGAUUGUCAAAAUCGGCUUGGGGCGGAGAAGUCUCCAGCAGGACCAAGCUUGACAACAUCAGCUCGAGUUGGAGGAACUACGCCAGCCGGACUGUAGUGUGUGAGCUAGCAUCUUAACGUGUUUAGGUGGUGUCUCGAGAAAGCUGACUAACACCCGUUGGGAUGUUUCUUCGGUUACUGUCAGAUGUCCGGUGGCGGACAGCCAGCCCAAGAUGGAGAAGCCCGUCCAGCUCCCAGCACAUGACCACAUCUGCGGCAGAGCCUCCUCCCAUUUCUCUGCCAGCUCAGGCACAGGUGGUAAUCUGUGGUGGUGGAAUUGUGGGCACAUCCGUUGCAUACCACCUCUCCAAGCUAGGAUGGAAGGAUAUAGUCUUACUGGAACAGGGCAGGCUGGCUGCUGGCUCCACUCGAUUCUGUGCUGGCAUCGUGAGCACAGUCAGGCACUUGUCCAUAGAGCUGAAGAUGGCUGACUAUUCAAACAAGCUGUAUCAGCAGUUAGAACAAGAGACAGGAAUCAAAACAGGUUACGUGAAGACAGGCUCUAUCUCACUGGCUCAGACGCAGGAUCGACUGAUCUCCCUGAAACGCAUUGCCUCAAGGCUCAGUGUAAUGGGGAUACCUUGUGAAAUCAUGGCUCCAAAACAAGUGGCACAACUACACCCACUAAUCAACAUUCAUGACCUGGUGGGUGCCAUGUAUGUGCCAGAGGACGCAGUCGUAUCAUCUGUCGAUGUGAGUCUUGCUCUGGCAAAUGCUGCCUCUCGAAAUGGUGUCCAGAUCCAUGAGCGGACAAGCAUCAGCCAUGUCAUGGUCCAAAAGGGUUGCGUGACUGGAGUGGAGACUGACAGAGGACAGAUUGAAUGCCAGUAUUUUGUCAACUGUGCUGGGCAGUGGGCCUACGAGCUGGGUCUCUCCAAUGAGGAGCCUGUCAGUAUCCCACUGCAUGGCUGUGAGCACUUUUACCUCUUGACACGUCCCUUGAAGAAGCCACUAGAGAGCAACACACCAACUAUUGUGGACCUAGACGGCAGGAUCUAUAUCCGCAGUUGGCAAGGUGGCAUCCUCUCAGGGGGCUUUGAGAAGAACCCCAAGCCCAUUUUUACUGAGGGCCGGAACCAGCUGGAGAUUCAGAAUCUGCAUGAGGACUGGGAUCACUUUGAGCCACUGCUGAGUUCUCUUCUGCGGAGGAUGCCAGGGUUGGAGGCUCUGGAGAUCAUGCAGUUAGUGAACUGCCCAGAAUCCUUCACUCCAGAUAUGCGGUGCAUCAUGGGAGAGUCACCCACGGUACAGGGCUACUUCGUCCUGGCUGGAAUGAACUCCGCUGGCACCUCUUUUGGUGGAGGAGCAGGCAGGUACUUGGCUGAGUGGAUGGUAAAUGGUUGCCCAUCAGAAAAUGUUUGGCCACUGGACCUGAAGCGCUUUGGUGCCCUUCAGAGCAGUCGCACCUUCCUCCGUCACCGUGUCAUGGAAGUAAUGCCCCUGAUCUAUGAUCUGAAGGUUCCCCGUUGGGAUUUCCAGACUGGGAGGCAGUUGCGUACUUCCCCUCUCUAUGAUCGCCUGGAUGCCCAGGGAGCCAGAUGGAUGGAGAAGCAUGGAUUCGAGAGACCCAAGUACUUUGUCCCACCAGGGAAAGAUCUAUUGGCAUUGGAUCAGAGCAAGACCUUCUACAAACCAGAUUGGUUUGACAUUGUGGGGUCAGAGGUCAAGUGCUGUAAGGAGGCUGUGUGUGUAAUUGACAUGUCAUCUUUUACCAAGUUUGAAAUAAGCUCCACAGGGGAGCAGGCACUGGAGGUUCUGCAGUAUCUCUUCUCGAAUGACCUGGAUGUGCCAGUUGGGCACAUUGUGCACACAGGCAUGCUCAAUGAAGAAGGAGGGUAUGAGAAUGACUGCAGCAUUGCACGAUUAAACAAGCGCAGUUUCUUCAUGAUUUCUCCUACUGACCAGCAAGUCCACUGCUGGGCCUGGCUCAAAAAGCAUAUGCCUAAUGACAGUAAUUUGCUCUUGGAGGAUGUGACCUGGAAGUAUACCGCUCUCAAUCUGAUUGGCCCUCGUGCAGUGGACGUGCUGUCAGAAUUAUCCUAUGUCCCGAUGACUCCAGAACACUUCCCCUCUCUCUUUUGCAAGGAAAUGAGCGUGGGGUAUGCUAAUGGGAUCCGUGUGAUGAGCAUGACACACACAGGAGAACCUGGAUUCAUGCUAUACAUCCCUAUAGAGUAUGCUCUGCAUGUGUACAAUGAGUUGAUGAGCGUGGGACAGAAGUAUGGGAUCCGGAAUGCUGGCUAUUAUGCACUUCGCAGCUUACGCAUUGAAAAGUUCUUUGCGUUCUGGGGUCAGGAUCUGGACACUUUCACCACCCCCUUGGAAUGUGGACGUGAGUUCCGGGUGAAACUGGACAAGGGGACUGAUUUCAUUGGCCGGGAUGCACUGAUGCAGCAGAAGCAGGACGGUGUGUGCAAGCGCUUCACCAUGUUCAUCCUGGAGGAUCAUGACACAGACCUUCAUCUCUGGCCCUGGUGGGGGGAGCCCAUUUACCGCAACGGCCAUUACGUGGGCAAGACCACCAGCAGCGCUUACAGUUACACCCUGGAUCGCCAUGUCUGCUUGGGCUUUGUGCAGAACUUUGAUGAGGAAACCAGGGAGGCGUUGGUGGUGACACCCGACUUCAUUAACCGGGGCGAGUAUGAGAUUGACAUUGCUGGGCAGCGCUUCCAGGCUAAGGCCAAGCUCUACCCCUUCAGCUCCCUCUUCACACAGCGUCGCCGCAAGGAUGAGAUGGAAUUGAGUGGCUACCAUGGGAAGUAGAACCACCUGGCCCCACCCCUUCUCCAUAACUGGAGUUUGUGUCACCAUCCUCCUCUCCUUCCCCACAAUCUCCCUCAUUCUUCAACCCAUACGGUUCCACUUCCUCUUCCCCCUGCUCUUUCCAUUUUUAAACCUUUUGGGUGUGUGACAUUUUGUACAUUAUAGAACUAAUUUUUCAAACCCUUCCACCCCCUCACUCAGUCUCUCUCUCUCGCCCUCUUACACCUUCCCAUGCCAUAUUCCCACACCUCACUCCUCCUGUGGCAGCAGCAUGGUGUUGAGUGUACGACCGACAGCCCAUAUGGGAGCAAGCACCUUCAGAAACCCUAGGCUGUACCCCAAUGGCUGUUGAGAUGGUGCAAGUGAAGUCUUGAGGACUGUACCCCUCCCAUCCCCCUGCUGCUUACGGCCUAGAAUAGUAGGUGUUUGCUGGCCUGUAGCUCUGUUUUCCUGUCCCCUGGCUAAACCCUUUGGUGUAAUCUCACCUGCUGGUUGCAGUGGAGAGGCCAGACCUACCAUAGGGUGCACACAGGCCCAACUUAGGAGGUUCCUUCUUGCCAGCCAGUUCCUCUGAGGUCCUCCAGUCCACAGUUCAGAGGGGUCAGUGCAUUGAUGCACAGAGCAAUAGAACCAUCAGCUACCUCACUGGCACCACACAAGACGUAACAACAUUGUGCGACCAGUGGCAAACAGGCAGGUUUUGGUGGGUUCCAGGCCAUCACCGCCCUCCUCUUUUUCCUUUCCAGGGAGUGAGUUUAAGAGGCUUGAUCGUGAGGCUGUGUAAGUGACAAAAUAGCGCUGAUAAGUUUCCUCUUCUGUGUUGGGUCACUGAAAGGGAAUGACUUUCUCUGAGUAAGUGAAGAUCAACAUGUGCACUUCACUCCUACAAAGGGACAGAACUUUGUAUUUUUAUUCUCAGUGAAAAUGUCUAUCUCCAACAAGGACUCUUGGCUGCUUUUGUUUCAGCUGCACAGUGGAUUCUCUGUGGAUUCUCCUUCUUUCUCCUUUGUUUUGCUUUGUGUGUUGGAGCAAACACACUUGUCUGGCUUACACACCAAGCAUUAGAGUUGAAUGUGAGGAUUGUGUUAGUUUGGGAAACUAGAGCAGAGGAAGGGAUGGAGUCUUUCAUUUUCAGCCAGCAGCCUUGGAGCAACUUGCUGCUGACCACUUGGAGAUUAGAGUUGAGGUCCCAAGUUUGGUUCCUUGAACCUAUGGUGCUCUGAGUGCUGCAGAGCAAAACACUAUGCUCCUGGUAAGGGUGGCAAUGUCUCUCAGCUAUGCCUGCUGGCCCAAUGCAUGUUUCCCGCCCUUCCCAUCAGAUCUGUUGCAUUUCUGUCUUCCCCAUCACAAUACUACCUCAGUUGAAGGUAGCUGAUUCACUAUGCAGGGUCCUGCGGUUAGAAGAGAAAGUGAGUAAGGAUCUUUGAAUUGCCUUGCCUCAGGAAAAUCUCUCUGCACAGUCGUCAUGCAGAAACUCACAGACACUCCAGACUACAGAGCGGGGAUCCACCCACUCUGAAGCUGACAGCUCUUCACUGAUGACAAAUAGUUACGGUGGAAUGGGAAAGCAAGUGAAUGAAGAAUGCCAGAUUGUAUCCUGUGGAUUUGUCUCUUAAAUUCUUCCUCCUCCCAUUGUCAGCUAGAUCACAGUAGUGCAUUUUCUCUUCCCUUAUUUUAAAAUUAUCCAUUAAAACAUCUCCAGUAACAACACCCCGCCUCCCCCCCCCACCACACACACUUCUGGUUCCCCCACUCUGUGGUUCUCAGCAGCCCUUCCACCGAAGCCAGCAUCUUUCUGUCUAGCAAGGAGCACCAUUUGACAUUGAUGUCUGUGGUCACUGAGCUGGCUGAAUUGUUUGUCUUUGAGCCAGGAGCCAGAACUUUACCUUGCUGCGUCACUUGCUUUUCCUGUCUUUGGGUGAGCAUCAGUAACGUUCCAUUUGAGCACAGCGCUACUCAAGACCUGGCUUGGAUUCCUGUCUUUUGAAGAUUUUCUCCUUUCCUGGCUUCCAUCAAGUCUUUGUCCUGCUAUUGUAGAAGUGGUAAUGUCCCAGAACUUCCCUCCCAUACACUGGAAGCUGGCUUUAUGACUGCUGCUGCUGUGGGUAGUAAGAGCAGGUGAGGUGGGAGACUGACACAUUUUAAUUGUAAAGAACUGGUUGCCAGAGGAGGCUUCCCAAAUGGUAAAGAGCUGUACAGCUUUCACAGCUUUUGGGAGUGGAGCACUGGGAAUGGCAUGGACUGGAGAAGAAACUGGGGACUCAAAUGACAGCACUUCUUGGCAGGGUCUUUGUUGGCAGGCAGGAGGUGGAGUCUGCAUUGUGGUAGGACAUGGAUGCACUUGCUGUGGAUGGCUGUUUUCUUCCUGUAGUGGCCCACUGUGCUGAGCAUGGCUUCCUUUGUAAAUGGCAGUUAAUACUAUUCUAAAAGAAUAAUAAUAAUGUCUCCUCCUUCAGGAUCCCAAAGUGACUUUCAAGCUCUUAUGCACAUGAGUAACUUCCCUCAUGGCUUGAAAUGCAGCCACUUUUGGGGUGGAAUGUCGCAGCCAUUUGACAGGACACAGAAGCAGUACUGGGCAUAAUAGUUUGGUUGUGGAGGGAAUAUUGUACCUGGUUAAUACUGUUUAGCUAAAAUUACUCUAGCAGUGUUAUCACCUGAAUUGGAAUUUGGCCAGCGUACCAGGGCUAGCACCCAAGUUUUAACUAAAUGUGCCAUAAGGUCUUUCAUGACAAAGUGGACAGGGUCUUCAUUUUACAGCCACUCCAUAACAUUUACAUCCCCCAUGCUGGGGCAUUUGUUCAGUACUGAGUCAGAAGAAUGCCACCUAGUAAAUCCACCAAUACAAUUUUCCGCAGCACAUGUGGUUCUCCUUGGAGGUCUCCUACAAAGUACUGAUCAGUCCUGACCUGUCUUGCGUUAUCUGGCCCAUUGCCGUGUCUUUGUUAUAUAGAGUACUGGCUGAUAACCCACAGAAAGAGGUUAUUACUUAGUACCUGGCAAGGUUAAGGAAAACUUCUCAGCCUCCCCUUACUGUAUAGCACCAAGGCACUUCUGCAGUGGAAUGCAUCAGUCAGUGCUACAUAACAGUUUAGGAGGGAAAGUGAAAAAUAUUUUAUACCACAAUGGAGAAUUCUGGGUAGACUGAGUAUAACUAUCUGAGUUUGAAUUGGACCAGGACACCCUUCACUGUCUUAGGAGGAGUGUUAUACUGUGGAACUUUUAAUGACCACAGCUGGUCAAGAGCACACAAAAAGCCACUAUCUAUUAGUCUCACAGCAAUAAGAAAUCCCUGAAGAAGAGCAUUUUUUUUUAUAUGGCUUCCCCAUCCCAAAGUGGUCCAUACCUAGGAAUAUAAACUUGUCUGCGUAGCAUGGGUGACUUUUGCCCUUUUCACUUUUGCAGAGUUAAUAGCGCCCUUUUUGUCCAGGUCUAUUUAACCCUGAAGUACCCACAUAUGAGGGUGAAGAUUUUGUAAUGGUGCCACACAGGUAUGGUGUAAUUCCAUCCACGUCUGUCUCUUCCUGCUGGGAUGGUUAAGUGUUACAAUGGUACCAUUUUGAAAUGAGACAGUUUGGCAAUUGGCUGUCUCCCAGUUCAGACGCACCUACUCUGGCCUUACCUGUUACCAGUCCUUUCUCUGACUUUGGCUUAGCCUCUGUGCCUGUGCUCUUUGAAGUCUAGCCGUUUCCUUGGUAGAUUCUUUUUUUCCCUUUGUGCUGCUAACGAAUAAUUUGACUCUGGCAGCUUGAGUGCUUGCCAGCGGACAGUCACAUGAUGGAUUGUGAAAUACCGUACUAGGCACUAGGAUCUUGCAAGGAGCUUCUACCUUUUCCAUAAUGUUUUCAUACCCUGAAAGGGAAACUGCAGUGUAAAGAUUCUACCUAUUGUAUCUAAUUACAAAGAAUAAAGUGCGUAAGGGAGAAAAAAAUAACAAGUUGGAAGCUGCCAUCUUGGCUUUGAUGCAAAGUAAGACUGAAAACAACCCCUCAUUAAAAAGCAAUGGGAAUCUGAGCUUCGGAAAUGUUGUAACACACAGUUCUCAUGCUGUCUGAUGAAGUUGGCAUUUUCAGUCCUCCUUGACACCACAAGACUGGAAAAAUAUAAGGGUCCCUUCUUCAGACUCAUUCUCCCCCCUACGCCCCCAAUAACAUAUACACCUGUGGAUCACACUUCUGGAGACACUUCCAUCCCUAGAUUUCUGGGGCUGUCCCUUGGUGCUCUGCAGAGCUGGCUGCUCUUUCAGGAUUCCCUUUGGGAACCCUCUUCACCCCAGGACCCCUAUCCUCUCUCUCUUCUCUAUCACUCUUCUCUUGGCUGAUCUCAUCGGCUAUACAUGGUCUCUUGCAUCACUUCUGUACUGAUGACUCUCAAUCUACCUCUGCCCAGUACCUCCUCCAGGAUGUCUAGCCAUCUCCUCAAACUUAACAUGGCUAAGUCUGUUCUUCACCUCUCCUCUUCAGUCUCCCUUCCCCCCUUUUCACAUCACACUCUCCUCCCACCCACCCCAGCUCACAGCCUUUACUAUCUUUGACUUCUCUGUUUCCUGCUGUUCUCUCAUCCAAGUUCUCACCAAGUCCAGUUGCUUUUCCCUUCACACAUCUUCGUCCCCCCCGCCAAAAUCCUGGUUCAUGCCUUGUUCUCUGUGACUACUGUAAGCUCCUCCUCCUUUUCAGUCUAUCCACAGUGCUUCCUUUCCUACACUCCAACCAAGUCCACCCCAAAUCCCUUUAUUGGUCUUUCUGCAUCAAGUUCAAACUCCUCAGCUUCAAGAUGCUACACAACUCUGCCCCCACCUGCAUCCCACCCCGCCCUCUGCCCUCUCUCUUUGUUUAAUCCUCCCUUUGUCUCCUCCCACUCCUUCCUUCAUGCGGCUUCUCAUGCUGCCCACACCCUACAUGUCUGCAGUGACUUCCCUUUGUCAGUGGCACACAGCAUCCCUCUGCAUUCAGAUCCCUGCUUUCACUCCAGCUAUCUCAGCUGGUUUUCCACCCACCAUGUGUUUUUUAUUUACCCUACUCUGUUCUCAGAUGUAAAAUUCUGAUCUUCCAAGAUUCAGUCUCAACAUGUCACCCUUGUCCAUUCCUCCCUCCCCAACCUGUUGUGAUUUCCAGAGUUCAUCUUAAUAGUUGGUGAGGUCUCUCAGUCAAGGGAUUAUGUAUGUUUUCUGUGAGGCUCCAUGCAGAUGUACGGUGCUAGAUGCCCACUGAAUAAUAGUGAUGAAUGCAGACAUUCACUUUCCACCAGAAACUACUCUCCAUUGCCUCUCCUUUUCCUAGAAGGAGUCAAGCCAAAUCAGAGGUUGUGAUGGAACUGCUUGUGUAUGCAGAGCUUGGAGUACCGGUCUCAUUAAAAGGCAAAUUCUUGCAAGCAGUGCCUAAUUCUAAAGAGGUAACAUCAACAUCUGUACGCCCAAUAUUGGACCUACCCUUUUGUCAUUCAUAAAUUUUCCAAACGUGCGUUUGUUUUGUUCCUUAAAAAUGUUCAGAAGUCCUACAAAAACAAACCAAUAUCUAGGGGUGAAAAAAGGAAAGUUCCUUCCAAAUGCAAGAGUUUUACUUAUUUUUAAAACAAAGGCUUAUAUCCUGGUGGGUACAGAAAAAUAUUCAUAAUUUUUCAGAUUUCAGUCAUCCCAGGUUAUUUUUGUAAUUUUUAUCAUAGUGCCUAUGGAGGCAAACAUUUUGGUUAAGUUUGGGAAGGAAUUUCAGUUCUACUCACCUCUCUUCAGUCAUCACACGCGUGCAUGUCUGUCUCGCACUCUCUCUCUCUCUCGGUUUGUAAGGGGAGAAAACCUAAUGCUAUUUAAGGCAAAUUAAUUCAGCUGUUUGGGUUAAGGAAAUCAAUUAAAUCUUAUUUUUUACACUUAAAGAAAAAGAAUAAACUUGCUCAAACAAUUGAACAUUCAAAACUUGAUAUGCUCAUAGUCCUCAAUGAGCACAAUCCAUGUUGAGUUUGAGGAAGGAAUACUUAACAAGUCUAAAUGUCUUAAUGCUUUAUGUUAGAUGUUUGUGCACAGGCAGUGCAUACUGCUUGAUUUGUUACUGCAGGUACUGUAUUUGCAGAGCAGGCACUAACGCCAGCAGGGGCUGUUGAGUAAAUGCUGAAGGCACUGGAAGUUACCAGAGUGCAUUUGUUCCUCUUCCUUUGCUGCAGAGGUGGAAUUUGCACAAAAGUGCUGUGGGAAUUAAAUCAGUGGGGAAACACCUAUCAGAUGCAUGGUUUCCAUUUCUGAACAAAUGUCAGUAGGUAACACUUUUUCAAGAGUGGAAUUGUGCAAUUAAGGGGGACAGAAAAACACCAGUGAAACUGUCAUUAAGGUCCUUUGUUUAAAGAAAAAAGCCUCCACUGGCGUAAAAUGUGCUUCAUGGCAGGACCCCAUUGCUUUCUGGCUUUUAGAAAACAAAAUGAAAUCCUCCAUCUGAAUGUUGCAUUACUGUAGGCUUUAGUGUUUACACACCAAGCCAGGGCAUUCAGGAGUUAUGGCUUUCAGAGCAACGUGAACUUCACCAUGUUGCUCUUUUGUCCAGUCUCUUUGUUUAUGCAGGUAACUUCUGGGUUUCUUGACUCCUGUAUAUUUAAAUUCUUCACUUUAUUACAUGACUAACGUGUAGGCUUGCAUUGGAGUUGCAAUAUAAAGCGUGCAGUAUUUAUAUAUUGCUGGUAUUACAAUUACUGUCUAAGAUGAUUCACCUACGAAGGUAUGUGCAUCAAGGGAGACCAUGAAGGUUACAGAGAGAAAGGUAAACAUGGUUGUAUAUGAACAGCUUCCUGACCAAAUGACAACAAACAGCUGCUCUUGCCAAGUGUAUGUUUGAUACCCACCUCUGUUACAAAUACAGUGGUUAUCCAGGAGCUGCCCCACAUGCUUAUGGCACAGUUCUGUUUUGUAGCAUAGAAGGGAAAGUCCAGGCUCUUGCACCUCUUAGGGACAUGGUCAAGAUCCCUUCUAUGCUACAAAAUCUUUUAAGUGUAUUGGGAGCCAGCUGGAUACCCUUGACUGGACCUAGCUCUGAUUCUGUUCCACUGGUAUGGUUGCAUUUACACCUUUUACUGAGUGUGAUUCUACUACGUUAGGGUCAUGUGUCGAUACAGAUUCAUCUCUCUGGGGUCUAAAACUGGCCAUCUUGGCUGCUGUUAUGGCUACAGAGAAAGUUGAAUAGAGGUCUGGUCACGUGCUCAUCUGAGAGAGUAAUGAUGCAAGCUCUACGUGAGGGAGGCAAACUUACUCCUGACACUGAGAAUCAAUCUCUAUAGACUAGCUCCCAGGCAUGCAGUUUUCUCACAGUUCCAUAGCAUUCGAUAGUGAUGUUUCGCUGGCACCUCUCCCUCCAGAACAUGGUGUCUGCUGUCAGAUCUGCUAAUGGAUUGGCCCAAAUAACGGUCUGAGUGAAAUGUUUUAAAACUCCCUUCAUGGGGUCUCUUGGGUUUAGUUAUUGCCUGGAUCAUCAUUUAUGUAAGCAGCCUGCUUCCUUUUUGCCUGAUCCUUACCCCAGGCUGUGGAUAACAUUCUGUUACAGCUGCUUGGACUUGGCAGCCCACACUGUUACUGAUGCACUGUUUUUCCGGGGAACUGAGCUGUACAGUGCAAACACUUCUGCUUUCCCUGCUUAACUCCAGAGUUGCACCUUGUACAGCACAAAACAUGACAGCUCUUUCCUGAACAGAGACUGCCACCCUCGGAACUGCACACAGAAUUAGGCAUACCUUCUUUGGGUGACUCUUAUUUUCAUUCUCAGUGGCACCUUAAAUUUGUUUGUCCAUCAGAAUGUGAUCCCUUCAUAACCAUCUGCGCUCCCCCCCCCCCCCCAAGAACCAAGUUUAUAGGGCUAGGUGAAUUUUUUAAUUAAAGUUUUUUUAAAAUGUGCCAUCAUUUCUCUAGCAGAACAAGAAUUGGAGCUGUGAAAACAUUUAUAGUCUCACUAUUUUCUAGUGCCUUACGCUUAUGAAUGUUGUGUAAUGGAUGCAUCUGAUGCAGGAGAGAGCCACAAUCAACUAUGUUAACAUGAUUCCUCAGCCAUUACAAACAACCACCUCUCCCCUUCCAAAGAGAAUGUGUUUCAGCAGAUGGAUACAAAUGGAUCAUUUCUAGGAGUACAAAUUAUGCUUUUAAUUGCUUUGAACUCUUGGGAUGUAGAAAAUCUCAAUGUUGUUACUGUAAGAUAUUGUACUAUAUUGUCUGCCUUUGUGGAGAGCAGCAGCCUCACCUCUCUUACAGCAUUUAGAAUGAGAACAUAUUUAUGCAGACACAGAAACCCCUUUAAUAAUUGGAGCCAGUUCUGGGAGACCUAAAUGGCUGAUCCCAAGUGCACAAGAAAAGGUGGUCUUGCUGUUCUCUGCCAAUGCCAUGUUAUUACCUACUUUGUAUGCUGUAUUUAUAUCAUGCUGUGUUUCAGUUAAUAAUUUCCAUCCUUGUUGGUUUACAGGUUACUAGGUUUGUAUAUUAAUAAAGAGACAUUUUAACUACUCUU